AUGUGGUUAUAUUCCGGAAUUGUGGAGCAAAUUUUAAGGAAAGACAUUGGUGAUAGUGUAUUGAGACCUAUUUUGUUAAGUUCAUCGAUUAGAGCUGAGUGUGGAGGAGGAGGAGUGGAUAAAUCGAAAAGUAUUAGGAAAUCUAUUAAAGGCAAAAAAACGACAGGUACAGCAGCGGCUUCCUUAAAAACUUCGACGACAACAACAACACCAACUACUGAUAAGGAAGCCGUUAAAGUUGCCAAAAAAACAGACAAAAAAUCUUCGGCUAAAGGAGGAGUCGCCGCCGCCGCUUCCAAUACAGCCAGUGCCGCAUCAUCCGAAAUUAAAACGAAGAAUCCUACUAAAGCAAAAAAAUCCAAUAAAGGCAGUCCCACGAAAAAGCCGAAAGCACCAAAACCGACAACUGCGAAAGCAGCUGUUAGCAGCUCCUCUCCUAAAAAAGAUAGUACAACAAUCAAGAAUUAUUAUCGGACUGAUGAUGGGUACGACGACAAUCGAUGCCGUGACAUGACAAUGAAUGCGGUUACCCACGCCGCUGGUUACGGUACAAUUAUAACCGUAAAAAGGGGGAAUGAGGCGUUGUAG